AUGAAUACUAGCCUGACUGCCUACACCAACCUCGAGUCGCUACUCCUGUUCCAGUCGCUCCAUGCCUAUGGCCUCGGGCCCCACGUCUUCAGCAGAAUCUCGGAGCUGCUGAAGAACAAUCCCCACAUCACCGCCGACCGGCGCUUCCAGAGCGGCCGUCUGAGCCCCGAUGCCUUGCGCAACUUCUACCUGCACAUCCUGAAGGAGGAGGUCAAGAGCGAGCAGGGCGCCGUGGACGGCGAGAUCCAGAAUGGAGACGUCAAGACCUCGCGCAAGAGGAAGGCACCCAGUCCGAGCCUGCCCACGGUCCACGAAUCCGUCCAGCACCAGCACCUCAUUCCGAAGCUCGUCAACAAGCUGUACGCGCGCUACCGCGCCACUAUCACCGAGCAGAUCAGGUCCGACGAAGAGCGAUAUGAGAAGCUGCAGAGAGAGUUGCAGGGCAUCGAGCGCGGCGAGUGGGACGACCAGUUGAAAGAGAAGGCCAAUGGAACUCCGCGGAGCCCCAGUCUCCCACGAAAGUCGCCUCUUCUCUCCCAAAAGCCGUCACCCGCACAUGCCGCUCCGCAUCUUGCUUCACAGGAAAGUGUUCCCAUUAGUCCUGCGCGAUGGAAUGCCAGAAGCACCACCAACGGGUCCCCCCGCAAGAGACAGAUCGCAGUAGGCCAGCGAAGCAGACCAUCGACGCCUCAGCCACCAGCUGGCCCCGUUCCGUCUCCCCUGCAGAAUCGGACCCCUCAAUCUCUCGCUCCGUCGCCCAGGCCUCAGCCUCAGCAACUAACCGACAUCGUACAAAAUGCCUCUCCGUAUGUACAGCCGUCGCCGAUUCCUCCACAGGCUCCACAACCCCAGCAGUAUGGACCGCCUCCUGAUGCACCUCCGCAAUACUCGCCAACUCAACAACGUCUCCCCCCUCCGCCGCCGGGCCCGCAGUCUCCCCCCGUGCAGACACCACAGCAGCAAAGGAACCACUUGCCUUACCCUGCGCAGCCAGCAUACCCUCUGCAACAUGCUCAGAUGGGCCAAGCUCCACCCCAGAGCGGAUUCAUGCUACCUCCUUUCCAGGUUUCCCCCCAAGAUCCGUCACGUGUUCAUCAGCAGCCCGUACCUCCGCCGCAGUAUCCCCAGGUUUCUACUCCUGUGAGCGCACGGCAGCCUCUUCGUCCUGCAAAUCGGACACCAUUGGGUCCGGGUGCCGGUAGACCAGGAGUUCUGCCAAUGCAUCCUUUGGUCACUCAAGCCAGGCACUCCUUUUCCACUCCAUCCGGCAUCCGCACGCCUCAUAGCGCGCUAUCUACGCCAAGAUCGGCCAAGACUAUGUGGAAAGCAACAGCAAGAAACUUUGCGACCCCACCAGCGCCGCGUCCGGAGGUCAGCCCGAUCGACGACAUCAUGCCUUUGGAAAAGCCGCACGGGAGUCGCCCAAAGGCCAAGGCUCCUCGCAAGUCACGAGGGAGGGCUAAAGGAAAAGAGAAAGAACCUGAAAAGGAGUCUGAACCUCAACCGGAACCUGAGCGGCGGACCGAAGACACGGCUCCCGAGAUGGAAACCCGGCAAGGCCGACCACGGCGCAAGGCCCCCGUUAAGAGAGCCAGGCCCGGUAGCAUCGCGUCCUCCCAGGCCGGUGCUUCUGUUCGAGAGCGGAGCAGGAGCCAGUCCAUCUUAUCCCAUACCGACACUGUAGCCGCUGACAACGAAUCUCAAUUUGGCAGUCGAGUCAAGUCAGAGCGCGGAAACUCCAUCGACGUAGUUGAGGAAGAUGCAGCUGCAACGCCUUCACACAUGGCGACUCGACGCCGGGGCCGAGCACUGCAAUCUCUCCAGCCCAGCAACAAGCGAAAGCGGAACCUGCGGGAACCGUCGAUAGAGGAAUCAGAAGAACAACCCAGUACGCCAGGGCCCCCUAAGACCGUUACCGCCCUUCGCCAUUUCUCGCGCAUGUGCACCCCUUUGAUGAACGAUAUCGGCUCGCACAAGCAUGCCUCCACAUUCACCACUGCCGUCAAGGUGAAGGAUGCGGAAGGCUAUUACGACAUCAUCAAACGGCCAACUGAUCUCAAGUCCAUCUCAAAAGCCAUCGCAAUUGGAGCCAAACAAGUCGCCGCUGCUGCUUCAGACACGCCAGUUGGCAGUCCUGGAGGCGGCGGAGGUGUCGUAGAGCUGCCGAUGACGCUCGACACCAUACCUCCUAAAGCCAUUGUGAACUCGAGUCAACUGGAGAAGGAGCUAAUGCGCAUGUUUGUCAACGCUGUCAUGUUCAAUGCAGGCGAAGAGGGCGUCGUGGAAGACGCUAGGGAAAUGUUCAAGACUGUCGAGCAGAGCGUUUCAAGUUGGCGAAGCGUCGAGCGGUCGAGCGGCAGACUGGAAGUCGAGGAGACGCCGCCAGUGCAUGAGGAAGACGCUCCUGUGCCUUCUAAGCGAAGGAAGCUCUGA